CAGAGGGCGGUGUUGUUAGCCAUGUUUACAGAAGGAUUUGGGACCGGGAGUUCCGCUUGAUUACAAAAUGUUCACAGAAGGCCGAGGGUGAAAACCUUCAUGACCUUUGGAACUUUAAUGAGAGACUAUAGUUCUGUUUCUGCAUCAACGUGUGUUUAAAACAAUGGAUGUUUAAGAAUUGAUGGGAGAUGGCUGUGAAUGUCUGCCGUCGGGACUUUGGCACCUCCGUCACCACAGGUGCAGUAAGUGCUGAUGGGCACGAGGUGGAGAAUCUACUGGGUGUUACUGACAGGUGGGGACAACCUAAGGGCUUUGUGGCUGAAUGCUUUGUCAAACCCCCGAUCGACGUCACUUUCAUGUUCCCCUUCAACCUGUGGAUCCAGAAAAUCGUGCUCGACUCCAAAGUUGGGGGUCAGAUGUCAUCUGCUGUCGAAAUCUUCACCGCCUCAUUAGCAAUGCCUCCCUGCCCAAAAAGCCAUUGUCAGACCUCCAGGAGAGGAAAGACCAGGAUGUCCGAUGUUGACCAGAAGCCCACUCUGCGCAGCCACAGUCAAAUGCUGUCUGAGAAAGAGAGUGCGGUGUUUUCAAGUAUUGAAAAAGCUUUUUCAGCGGACACUAAUGCAUCAACAUUCUGUUUUGUCAAUCACAGCUAUCGAUCACUGUACCCUCAGAUGGGCAGUGGAGAUCCUUGUCAGAGAGAGGAUAAACCCAAAGUGGUCACAAGACCUUUGCGUUAUGGACGCCCGGGUGCUUUGACUAAUGUCAGCCACGUGACUGUACGCGUCAACCGCGCAUUGAGUGGAUCGGUCGCACUCAGGAGUGUUCAGAUCUGGGGGCAGCCUUCGCAGUUCUGUUCCAAGCCAGUUGUACACUGGUUCCUCCAAGUGGUCGAGUCUAUCAAGAAUCCUGAGAUUAAGGAGGAGGGGAAAGAAAUCGUAGAGGCGGAUGGGAAACAACGUGGAAAAUCCCAGAGUGCGGCCUUAACUGGAUGUAAAAGUUCAGAAAGUUGUCCUAGAUCUGUAGAUCUGCCUGAUUGCCCUGAAGAGUUCAUUGAUCCCAUCACAAACGAGAUGCUCAUCUUACCUUUGCUGCUUCCUUCGGGGCACACUGUUGACAGUGAGACCCUGCGCAAGCACAGUGAAGCUGAGGCCCGUUGGGGGCGCCCUCCCAAUGACCCAUUCACGGGGGUGCCAUUUUCGAAGAGCAGGCAGCCGCUCCCAAAUGUGAAACUAAAGGAGAGGCUGGAUCGCUACCUGCUGGAAGGGGGUGGGAAUGUCACCCCUCCUGCAAGGGAUGUUGGGAGGUCAAACGGCACAGGUGCCCGCAAGACAGAGGUGGCUCCGGCAUCACUUAUUAGACUAAGAACUCAACAAAAUGAGUCUUCAACCAACACAGAAGCCGAGAGGCUUCGGGAAGCACAGCUUGACAAAAAGGAGGAAAGCAAAUGCCUUGAUGGCAGUGAGACAUCCUCAAGUCCAUUUGCAGUACAACCACAGCUUCAAACAGAGACCCUCCGUUCUGAAGCCAAGAGAAAAUCCAAAAAUGACAGACUCGGCCAAAAGUUGCCAAGAAAAAAAAGACCAGUUCUUGGCAUGCAGCACGAUCAAGAAGCUUCCAACUGUGAGCACAGACAGGCAUCACCUCUCAUUUCCAGUUCAUCACCAUCAACUCAAGCUUCCACCAGCUGCCAUGAGGACCUGUUGGCUCAGAGUCUUGACGCAGCAUUGGAAAAUGCCCUCUCAACCUUACCAUCUUUCAACAAGAAACCGUUGCAGCAACUCGGCAGCCUCACAGAUAAUGCGAACAACAAAUGGACAUGCUCAUCGUGCCACAAGACACUGGCCACCAAGGAUGGUUACCAUGUCAACGGGCCCCUGAACAUGUACAGUCUGCCGUGCUCCCAUCUCAUAUGCAGAGACUGUCUGUUGUCAAGCAGUGGGAGGACGAACAGCCAGUGCAGUGUUUGCGGCAUAAAAUUCCUGACUUCAGAAGUGACAAAAGUGCACGUGUAAACUUCAGCUGUCUGUUCCAAUAAGAAUCUCGAGUUUAAGGAUCUACUGUGACUAGAGUUCCCUAUUAUGUACUCCUAUUGUUUCUCAAAAGCAUCAAUAAUUGACCCCCCCCACUAUUGACCUCCCCCACUCCCAAAUAAGUUAUUGAAUUGUUUAACUCUCUGAAUGUUUACUGUAAAUACAUUCAAUAUUUUGGUUAUGUAUUUGUACAUCCUUUUCCUGGUGAUAAUAAAUUUGUCAGUGACAGAUGAUUUGAACAUUAAAACCGUGAUGACAAAA